CUUUUUCCAUCCUUCUUCCGUCCGUUGAUUCAUUCUCGCAGCUACCAGGUAGCCUCGUCUUACUGGUACUGGAGUCUCCAGGUCAUCCAGCACUACCAUCUCUGCCCUGAACGAUACCUUCUCUGUUCAAACCGGCUCGAAGUCCCUCCUUCGCCCCGACCCACAACAGAAUGUUUUUCAUUCUCACCCCCGGCCGGCUGCCCCUCACACCCACCUCUUCCAAUGCAACGCAGGCCUCACCCACCCACCUCAUCUUCACGCUCGACAGGGCAGACCAGCUGAACCAUGUCGUCGUCUCGAUGACGGGGGAGACUCCCUUCCCUGAUGGACUGGGAGCGACGGUUCAUCUGCAACUGCCGGAUCCAAGUGGGUCUGGAUCUGGAUCUGGAUCCAGCACGUGUGGCCAAGGGUGGAGAUUACUGGGCUCCUUGACCAAUGAGAAGCCUAGCGCCAUCUUUAGGAUCAAGGGACUGGACAAGGUUGGCGCACAACAGCAAAGAGGAGGCGCAGGCAUGGGGAAUGCGACCGCUGGAGCGACGGUGGGGAAUGUGGCCAGCUUGGGCAUCAGCGUCGAGCCUCUGGAAAGUGUGCAGGCGCAGAUGGCUACUCUGCCAGCAAGUGGUAGUAAUGGCGCAGCGUCAACGGCAGAACCGCAAGGCCAGCUAGUGAGGGCAGGCCAGCCACCCGCAGCUGCGCUUGACCCUCAAUUCGCGUUGGCGCUGGCACCUAAGAUUGCCAACAACAUUUUCUCUUUCCUGUCCUCGUUCGCACCGGAUUCGGCCCAUCAGACGGUGCCGCUGUUACAGAAGUGGUUGGAGCAAUUCGAGCGCAAGCUGAAGAUGCAAGGCGCUGCCUUCUUGGAGAGGCAGGGUUGAAUGCGGGAAAUGGGAAGUGGUAGCGACGUCUGGCGGACCUGGUUGAGAAGAUGAAAGAGGGGCAAGGAGGGGGGCCGACUGGACGUGCAGGCGAGGCAGACAAUAUACCGUACGAGCUCAAUGAUGACGUUUCGUUGCAGCAUUGCAAGCCU